AAAAAUAACAUAAAAAAAGCAACAAAAACGAAGAAAUUUGAAAUUCUAAAGAAAAGCGCCUGGCGAAAUGGGCCACGAGUGAAGUUAUUUUUCACAAACCGUUAAUGGCUGUCUAGAAUUACGAAAACCCCCGCCAACGCUCGAACCGAAACCGAAGCCAACCGCAAGCACUUGCACUGAAAACGUCCAAAAAAAGAACAACAACAACAACAACAACAGCAAUAAGAAUAACAUUAACAGCAACAAACAACAGGAUUAAGGGAAAAAGGAACGCGUCCUUCGUCCUUGAUGAGCUUUGGGCAGCAACUGCUGCUGAAACGAAACUUUUUAUUAAGAUAACGCCAAUCGUUCGCGCAGCUGGAGCGCCCCAAAGACGCAAACCUGGCUCAACGACAACAACAUUGCAACAACAACAGCAACAGCGGCAGCAGCACCAACGGCUGCGGCGCCAGCGUCGGCAGCGCGGUUGGCAGCGUGCCGGUCAUCAUGGAGGGGCCGGAGGUGACAUUCCUCUUCCAAUUCGGCAGCGUGCGCGACGCAGUUUGUGUGCCGGUAAAUGCAUUGACGCUGAAAACGCUCAAGGAUUUGGCAUGCGACUUCAUCAACACCAAGAUACCAGAUAGUGGACUCACAUAUCUGUCAGAGCGCAUUCUGCUCUUCAUACACGACUAUAGCACGCCCAAUGUGCUGCACAUUAUCAAUUCCACAGCGGAAGUUGUGGACGAGACAUUGGUGGAAAUUGUAUUAACAGCGAGUCCCAUACUAUAUCCGACAUCGGAAAUGCCAACAUUGAAGCCGCACAGCCUGAACGUUCAUUCCUAUAAGGCGCCCACAUUCUGUGAUUUCUGCGGUGAAAUGCUGUUUGGACUGGUGCGUCAAGGACUCAAAUGCGAUGGCUGUGGUCAGAACUAUCACAAGCGUUGUGUGGUGAAAAUCCCGAACAAUUGUAACCGCUCCAGUGAUGCCACCUCGAGACGCUCGGUCACACUGCAGCCGCCCCGCAGCCCCUCUGGCAGCUCACAGCAGUCGCUUGUCUCCAACGAGGAGUCGACGGGUCGCCACGACUCCAGCAGCUCAUUGAACGUACCAGGAUAUACGGGCCGGCAUCAGCGCACCCACUCCGCGAGCAGCCGGAACGGCCAGCUGGUGCUCCGCAUACCGCACACCUUUAUGGUCCACACGUAUGGAAUACCCACUGUGUGCCAGCACUGCAAGAAGCUGCUGAAGGGCCUGUUCAAGCAGGGCUUGCAGUGCCGCGACUGCCAGUACAAUACUCACAAGAAGUGCAUGGAUAAGGUGCCGCAGGAUUGCACGGGCGAGGCGCAGAUGAGCCAGUUGCAGGCUGAGAUCGGGGAGGGGACGCCGCGCAAGGAGCGCGACAACUUCUUCCGCGAGGAGUUCGAUGACAGCGACUUCGAGGACGGACCCCAAUCUGAGUUUGCCAUAUACAACAAUAAGGCCAUGGGCGCCAGCGGCGGCGGCGGCGGCAGCGGUGGGACGAAUCUGGUGGCCGGACGACCAAGGGAGGCGCCAAAGGCGCUGACCAAUGCACAGAACUCACCACCGGAGCUAGUCAACGGCGCCAUGACGGACAACAGCAGCAGCACGGGAGCCGAUGCCAAAUCGACGGACGGCCAGUCGGAGCAGUCGCAAUCCUCGUCGUCCUCCUCGCCCAGUGCCAACAUUCCCCUGAUGCGCAUCGUGCAGUCCGUGAAGCACACGAAGAAGCGCGGCGGCCAGGCCAUCAAGGAGGGCUGGCUGGUGCACUACACCUCGCUGGACAAGGCGCUGAAGCGCUACUACUGGCGCCUGGACUCGAAGACCAUAACGCUCUUCGUCUCGGAGCAGGGCAGCAAGUACCACAAGGAGCUGCCGCUGUCCGAGCUGAUAUCGAUCGAAACGAAGCCCAAUGCCAACUACUGCUUCGAGCUGUGCACGGCCAAUCUGAGCUACUAUGUGGGCCAGGAUCCGCAGCAGGGCGUGGACGAGCAGCAGGCGGUGCGUCUGCCGCCGCCGGACAGUGGCAUCGGCACCGACAUAGCCAAGAGCUGGGAGACGAGCAUACGGCAGGCCUUCAUGCAUGUGACCAACACACAAUGCUGCGAAUCGGAGGAGCAGGUGCAGGACAUGGGCCAGCUCUAUCAGAUCUUUCCGGAUGAGGUGCUCGGCUCCGGGCAGUUCGGCGUCGUCUAUGGCGGCGUGCACAAGAAGACCAAGCGCGAGGUGGCCAUCAAGGUGAUUGACAAGCUGCGCUUCCCCACCAAGCAGGAGGCACAGCUGAAGAACGAGGUGGCCAUCCUGCAGAACAUAACCCACUGUGGCGUUGUCAACCUGGAGCGCAUGUUCGAGACGCCGGAGCGCAUCUUCGUGGUGAUGGAGAAGCUCAAGGGCGACAUGCUCGAGAUGAUACUCUCCCAUGAGCGCGGACGCCUUAGCGAGCGUGUGACCAAAUUUCUGAUCACACAAAUCCUGAUCGCCCUGAAGUAUCUGCACUCGCAGAACAUUGUCCACUGCGACCUGAAGCCGGAGAAUGUGCUGCUCUCGUCGGAUGCCGAGUUCCCGCAGGUGAAGCUCUGUGACUUUGGCUAUGCGCGCAUCAUUGGCGAGAAGUCGUUCCGACGCUCGGUGGUGGGCACGCCCGCCUACCUGGCGCCCGAGGUGUUGCGCAACAAGGGCUACAAUCGCUCCCUGGACAUGUGGAGCGUGGGCGUGAUCAUCUAUGUGAGCUUGAGCGGCACCUUUCCCUUCAACGAGGAGGAGGACAUCAAUGAUCAGAUACAGAAUGCUGCCUUCAUGUACCCACCAAAUCCCUGGAAGGAGAUCUCCUCGAAUGCCAUUGACCUCAUCAACAAUCUGCUGCAAGUGAAGCAGCGCAAACGCUACACCUGCGACAAGAGCCUGAUGCAUUACUGGCUGCAGGACAAGCAGACCUACAGAGACUUGCGCAACCUGGAGACGCAGGUGGGUCUGGGGCGCUAUCUCACACACGAGGCCGACGACGUGCGCUGGGACAGCGCAGGCGACAUUUGACCUGCCACAACAGCAGCAACAGCAGCAGCAGCAGCAGCAACAACAACAGCAACAGCAGCAACCCAUGCGGAGCUCAUGGGCAGCCAGAGCGUGCCCUCGAACUGUGCCGGCUGCCAUCGCCUGUCCAGCUCGCCCAAGGUGGAGGCCAUUGGCGACAAGGCGUUAAAGUGGAUGCGCUUUCAUCUGUGCAAGCACAUUAAAUAGCCUCCGU